CGCAGAGGCGCAGCUCGUCACAUGAUUCUUCUCUGGUGACAGUCCAGACAGAAAGGAAAAGCCUCGCUGACUUCCAGCUGUUCGAGGACGCUGUGAUGACAGAGUACCUCUGUAUUGGUACCAAAGGACUAGCGACAAAGACGGAGAUGGAGUUAAGUUAACUAUUGCCACAGAGAGUCACACCCUUGCUGUCUUCAAAGGGGGCAUUUGGGGUUGUUGCGCCAAAGGGGACAAAGUUGGCGCAUGGAGAGGGACGAAGUUUCCUUUUUGGGGGGGGUUGUUGUUGCGCAGCGCACUUUCCUUUGUUUUUAUCGGCACCAGCGUCACGCAGCUUCGCGGACUGUCCCCAUCCGAGUGACCGGAGUUCAGCAUUAGUUUCGUGCGAAUUGAAAGUGAAAGGGGUGUUCAGACAACGAGACCAACGCGAGGACGCGUCACGUCGACUGAGACUGAGAUGGUGGACAACAAACCUCUCCUCCAGGACAGACCUCCCGCCUACGCCAGCGUCCCGGGGGCUUAUGAGUACGGCCCGCAGCCGCAGCAGGGCUAUGGGGCCAUCCCGACCCCGGCCCCGCCGCCCUACCCGUACGCGUACCCGGAGGGCCAAGGGUACCCAUCGGCUCAAAUGAACCCUGCCAUCGCUCAGCAGCCCUACGCGGCGACUUACACCAUCGUACAACCGUCUGUAGUGGUGGUGGGAGGCUGCCCGGCCUGCAGAGUCGGUGUCUUGGAGGAUGACUUCACUUGCCUGGGGAUCCUGUGUGCCAUCUUCUUCUUCCCCCUCGGCCUCCUCUUCUGCUUCGCACUGCGUCAGAGACGGUGUCCCAACUGUGGCGCCUCCUUCGGCUAAAGGGACCAAACCCCAGCUCGUGCACCUGCUCGUGCUCCCAUACACACACACACACACACACACACAUAAUCCAGCAUUUCUGUCCCUUUAAUUGUAUUAUCUUUUUCUCAAACAUGCACAUUUCUGUUGCCAUUAUUUCAUGUACAACAAAUGAUCGAGAUGAUAUUACCGUCGAUUCUGAUGCUUUAAUAGAAGCACGCGUGGAGAUCUAUUUUCGUCUGUCAGUUGCGGAUAUAUUCUUGCGUAUGUGUGUGUCCAGCUGUUGUCAGUGCCUUCACUACAUGCUGAUUGAUCCUCACAGACUCCGGCGGUCCUUUCUUCUCCCGCUGGUGUAGCUCGGUUAUCAAAGUUCCUUUUGUCUUUGCUGGUACACUGCAUACGUAUUUUAACGCUUGGAAACAUUGUACUCAACACACAAUCCAUCUAGAUCACUGAUGUAUUACCUUCCCCUGGAAAUGGAAACCUUCUUUUGAAACGUUUCUCUUUGGUUCAGUGUGUCACAGGGAAAAAUAACGUAGUCUGCUAAAAAAAAGAAGAAAAAAACAGGAUCUGAAACAAUUGGCUUGUUUUGGACAGAGCGCACGCACCGUUUUGUCUGUCUUGCUGUUGAUGUUAUUUCUAGGGGCCAUAUUUGACCUGACUGUUUGUUUGAUGACUAUUCUGCUGGGUUGUGCUUUUCCAGGGCCAAUGCAGACCUCAGGUACAUACAAUCUGAAACGCCCUCGACUUUACAACCUCAAUCCCUGUUUUACUUUGGACUUCUACCUACUUUCAGGACUCGCAGUUUCACUUCAAGGAAUCAUGCUGAGAGAGAGAAACCUCCCAAUAAGGAGUAUAAUCUCUGGAAUUUUUAUUUUAGUACUCUGCGACAAGUCACCCUGCCCCGUUCUUGCCGACCUGACAAUCAAAAGAGAACGUCUUUGUCGUGUAUCUGUAGGUCAUCUGUGUCCAUGACUUCCAUCUCAGCCAGAUGUUCUAUAACUGUCCAUGGCAGAAGAAAGAGAGCGAGGUCACUGGGUGGGAGUGAUUUUAAUGAAAAUCUUGCUUCAGAAAACACACUACGCACGCUCUUAUGAUUGAGGUUAUUCCUUUUUAUAUAUCAGUCAUUGUAAUUAAAAAUGAAUGCAACUUA